AAACGCACAAUUUAAUCGGCAGGUGAGCUACCACCGAUGCCGAUUAGUAAAUGAAAUGCAACCGUGCGCCCAAACCCCAACACUAAAAAGUUUUUUUUUUAUUGGCCAAAUCGGGAUAAAAUAAAGUCAAAAUAAAGCACGAUAUUCGAGUGCGCCGACCGCAGCGUAGCGAACCGAGAGCCCCAAUUAAAUUCCGAUCGUUAACUGGACAGGACGCGGAUCCGCAGGCGGUGCGAUGAGUGUCCUGGCGUAUCCACGUACCAACGACGAGGAGAUUUUCCGUCACUGCACCAAGGACUGCGGAAUGGUGACGGCCACGGAGGACUUCCAGUACUUUGCCCUGCGAUGCAUCUUCUGCAGCGAGAAGUUCCUCUACUUCGACUCCUUUAUCGGCCACAUGCAGACAGUUCACCUGGGCGACCAGUCCGUGGCAAAUACCGCCGCCGCCUCCCGUCACUCUUUCAAUCUCGGCGAGCCCAUGUCCCUGUCCAGUCGCAACGGGGAUCUGCUCAACUUCCACGAGAUUGAAGACUUAACGGACGCAGACACGGCGCUGCUGGAGCCCCAGAUGGUCAUCAAACAGGAGCUCCAGGAUCUGCCUUGCAGCGAUGAUGAUGUGGUCGCGGACGAGGACGACGAUGACGAGCACCGGAUACACGAUUCCGAGGCUGGCGAGGAUGAGGACGAGGCAAUACUACCCGAAAGCGAUGUACCGGUGGUCAGUUCAAAGACGCGAGCUCGCAAAAAGGUCACAAAGCAGCGCCAGAGGGACAUAUCUAGCGAGGUUCUCAUCGCCGGCGACGGCGAUUCCUCCAUGGACGACUACGGUGAUCCGGAUCACAGCUAUAUGGACGACAAUUCCGGGGAGUAUAUGGACUUUGCGGGAUUCGACGGCGGUAACCACAGUGGCUUUGGACCCGAAUCGGACUUUCUCAGCUAUGAUGAGAUGGUGGAAGAGUCCCUGCUAGGACGCGACCGGGAGGUUACGAUGCACAUCAAGGACCGCAAGAUGAUCCAGUUUCUCAUCCACUCGUAUCAGCGCAACCCCUUUCUGUGGGACCACGGCAAUGCACAGUUCCGGGAUCGCGUGAAGCGCGCCCGCUUCCUCGACUGGAUUGUGCUGGAGUUCAAGAGCAGGUUUAACAUUUCGCUGGCCAAGGACGCAAUCACCCGCAAGUGGGACAACCUGCGGACGGUGUACAAGCGGGAGUGCAAUCGUAUGGCCCUGGAGAAGACCAACAUCAGUACGCUGUGGUACUUCAAGGAGCUGCAUUUCCUCAAUGAGGUAUACAGCUACAACGAUAAGAUGUCCGAUGCUGUUGUUAAGGAAACCUCUUAUCGCCGCCGCUUCUCGGCCAUCUGGAACGAUACGUCAACCGCCAAGCUGCUGAGCAUGGUGAAGCGGUACCAGUGCUUUUACAACCGCUUCGAUCCCGACUACCGCAGCAAGGAGCGACGCGGCGAGGGACUCCACCAGAUGGCCAUUGAACUGCAGCAGCUGAUCGAUGUGACCACCAUCCAGAUCUCGAAGCGCAUUUCCCAGCUGCGUUUCGACUACUCCAAACAGAAGAUGGAACGCCUUAAUAGCGAGCGGCUGGGCAAGAAAUUCAUUGCGAACUAUCUGUACUACGAUCAGAUGCACUUUAUGGACGAUGACAUUCCGCCGUUCAAGUGCGCACACUGUCCGGAAAUAGUGCAAACACUCAGGGAACUGGACCUCCACAUGCUCACCCACCAGCCCAGUUUGGGUGGCGGUUACUAUUGCAAUAUCUGUAGCAUACAGUUCCAUAAUGCCGAGGAGUUCGACAGCCACAAGCAGCUGCAUUUGGGCGGCGUAACCGAUAUUAAGUUCAACUGCGAAUUGUGCACGGCCAGCUUCCGGGAGAAGGACAACUAUGAUGAGCACCUGCGGCGCCAUAACGAGGAGCUGUUUCUGCCCUCGCUGGCGCUGAAUCACAGCAUCAUGGAGGGCGGUCUAGGGGAUGACGAGAUCGGAGUCGAGGGCGAGGAAUCCAGAGGCACCGGCCGUCGUCGAAGAAGGACGCACGCUGCUAAGGCAACCGAUGAAAUGGUCGACGAUGAUGAUCAAAUGGGUGGAGGUGGAGGCAGUGACAUUGCCAAGCCGUAUGGAUGCGAUGUGUGCCGACGCAGUUUCGCCACGCCCGGCCACUUGAAUGCGCAUCGAAUUGUCCACCAGGAUGAGCGGGAGCGGUGCUAUAAAUGCGACUAUCCGCAGUGCAAUAAAUCGUUUGUGGCGCGCAACAGCCUGUUCGAGCACCUGAAGCAGCACUACAGCAACGAGGAGUUUAAGUGCGACAUUUGUGGCAAGACGUUCAAAUCGACAAAGAAUCUGCAGAACCACAAGCAGAUCCACGAUAAAAUCAAGCGCUACGUCUGCCAGAUAUGCGGAUCGGCGUUCGCCCAGGCGGCCGGCCUCUAUCUGCACAAACGUCGCCACAAUCGACCCAAUGGUGCCGUCGGCGCUGUUGGGCGAUCGGGUCGUAGCAGUCUGUGAGAUAGGGACUGGGAGAGGGACAAGGACAAGGACUGGUCCAAGGCCAAGAGCCGCGGAAGGGGACGCGGACGUGGCCGUGGGCGUGGUCGCUAUGUCAAAUAGUUUUACAUGUAACUGAUACUGCAACUGCAACUGUAACGUCUUUAAAUUGCCAGCAACUUAGGCAGCUUAGUUAGCUUUCUUAAUAUUAGUUUUAGACUCACUCAAUGUUCAGUCCUAUUUGCAAUUUGAUUCAGUUGAAAGCAAUGCCAGUGAACUGAAAUUACGCAGUUUUCGCGACUAAACUAUUUUUCACUGUCAAAAUGAAUAACUUUGCAUGCAGCUAUCUUACAAAUAUCGUAUUUGUAUCUCUUAUUUUGUCUGAAUCGAAAUCGCGAACAGGGUCUCAUGUAUUAUUUUGUUUUAUAUAUUAAUUAUCGACGCUAACCCUAAUUUAAUAGUAUUCUAUUUGAAUCCACUUACCUGUAGUCGUACUUAAACGCAAAAAGUAUUUAACAACGCCCAUGAAUGCAAAUUUAGUUCUAAGCAAAUUAUCAAACACUUCCUUCGACUUCCCAAUGAUUCUUAAGUAAGUUCAAAUAGACAGAGAACGAGAUAGGAAGGGCCAGAAAGAGAGGGCUAUAGAGGUACUUUUAAUUUAAUUAUAACAAAUGCUUAACAUUUCAGUGCCAAUUGCGAGUUCUCCCCAGACACAAACAGCAUUACAAUCUGAUUAUUUAUGUAAGAAUUGUAUACAUUCCUCCCCGUCCCGCGAAAAUCGAUGUGAGCGAGUAGAUGCAUUCCAGAACUAAGUAUUUCAUAAAGUAUUCUAUGUACUAACUAUAUAUUUAUACGCAAGAACCACAACUUCAGCAGCCAAUUGCCAUCAAACUGAUAGACCGAACCGGAAGCCCCAGCAACUUAGGCCGAUAAUUAACAGCAAUAACUAAGUUACUAAGCAUCUAUGUUUAAGCCACUCAAUGCGAAAUACACCCACAAACUUAAUGUACUGCACGGUGCGUGGCCAUUGCCAUUGCUAUUGCCCAAUGGCCACCAAACGCACCCUCCGCGAACGACUGAAUCUGUAAUAAACUUCGAGGCGAGUUAGGUUCUCGAAAAUAUCGCGCCACUUCGUCCUUCGUAACUUUAACCUAUCGUACAUAAAUGUAAUCCUAUUUGUAAAUAUAUAACUCAAGCAGGCCGAAUAACUAAUAACAGCAUACGUAGCUAUAGCCAUGGCAAUAUAGCAUACGAAAACGAGAGCCCAGAGCCCAGCGCCCAGUUGGGUGAAGCUUCAUUAAAGCCUAAGUUCAUUUAGCACAAUGCACAGAGCAUCCGGCUCGGGAGCUAACUCAUUAAUGCGAAAUUAACCAAAAUCCAAGACCGCUUAUCAAGGUCCGUCGGCUUCCUUUGGAUUUGGGCGAGCAUUCAAACAAAUUGUGAAAUAGUUAACAGAAGUGAGAGGAGACGAAAAACAAAAGGCGAAAAUACAAAACAAUUUAGAGCCAGAGCGAGAUUAAUAAUCACAAGAAUCGUAACAAAAGUGCGCUUCCAGGAGAAUCAGACGGAAAACUACAAAAAAAAAAAAAAAAAACACACAACCUACAAAACAAGCAAAAAGAAACUCAUCCGAUAAAGAACGAAAUAUUUAAACAAAGUAGUAUCGUAAUGAAUAUUUUAAACCGUAAGAAGCGUCUUCUAAACGUGUAAAUUAAAUAAGAGACAACAGAAGCAAAUCACAAUUUUAUUUAUCCUAGUAAUAUCAAAUGAGAUUUUAGUACCAUACAAUAUAUACACACGCGUAUUCGAAGUAUUCUCGAAUAAAUAGGUUUAAAUAAUUUAAAAAAUAAA